AUGGAGCUAGAGGAGGACUUGGAUGUGUUGGAUCCAGAGAGGUUAAUCCAGUGCCCCUUGGUUAAACACCAUUGGAUCAGAGCACGGCGGUUUCCCUAUCACCUGGUGAAGUGUAAGGAGAGCAACCCUGAAAUUGCAAAGAAAUUGGCCACGUGUCCCUUCAACGCUCGUCAUCUGGUUCCUCAGGCUGAACUCAGCAACCACAUCAUGAACUGCAACGACAAAGCCUUUGUGGAGCAAGAUGUGGUGAGCCGGUCCUGUGAGUCCCCACAGGAGCAGCUGAAUAAUGGGAGCACAUGGCAGGCACCUCCAUGUGCUGAAGACUGGGAAACAGACUUGCUGGAGGGAUCUGAGUCUACUUUUGUGUGGGGUGUGAUCAACUCUACCAUGAACAGCACCAUCAGUGACCAGAACAACUCCUUGCCCUCGCGGAUGCGGCCCCCUGAGACCCUCCCGUACAGCGUGUCUGCAGGCCUAAUUCGGAGUAUUAGUUCCUCCCCAUGGAACUUAGUUUUACCCCAGCAGUAA